GUAGGCACACAAACACACAUUAAACAACGCAGAAAGUAGCACACUACAUCAUAUAAACGGUCAAUAUUCUGACUAUAUUGACAAACUARCUGUUACAGCAAAAACCUAGUUCCAAAGUUUGUCACUGCCAAUUUUAAACAACUCAAACUGUGAACACCAAUAAUUGUUGCUGUAAUUGACUCCAGGCUGCAGCAAAGGACCUGUAACCUGUUCAGAGUGUCCCCCACCUCUCAAAGUUACUGUGGAAAUAGGCACCAGCUCCCCGUGACCUGGAAAGAAGAAGCAGGCUGAUUCAUCUGGUCCUGUCAAACAGAGCAGUGAUACUCUGAAGGGUGGACAUCUCUCCAUGGGCUCUGGUUGAGACGUGUCUGACUGCAGGAUCUGAUCGUUUUGCUGUAGUGUGACGUUCCCAUGGUCUUUUGCAUUUUGCAUUUAUUCCUUGACAUGUGGGCGUAAAUACAAGCACAGAAUAAUGAGUGGAGGAAGCAAGAGUGCRGGUGUGUCAGGAAGCCUGGCUCUGGAUGGAUCUGGGAAUGGACUCUCUCUUCUAGGGAAUGCAGAUGAAUCAUUUGGUGCCAAAGCUGGACUGCAAACUGAAGAUGAAGUUGUAGCAGCCACCAUAAAUCUAUGCAACCUUGACCAAAAUGAUGUACAUACCAUCCUGGAGGCCCUGAAACCCUACGAAAACAACCUGAAGAUUGUGACAAAGAAGGAUUUAAGUGCCAGUGCUGGACUUGGUCCUUUGGGGUUGGGGUUCAAAGACCCUACAGGGUUGCUACAAAAGGACCUCUCAUUGGAUGCAUCAGCUGAGGCACCGACUGUUGCCCUUAAUGGCUUUAGUGGAAAUCUGAACACUGAUCCCGGACUUGGUGGUAAAAUAAAAAGCCCCACCCUCAAUGGAGACCUUCCCAAACUCAGCCUAAAUAAAYCUUCAGCUGAUUUUGGUUCAGUAAAAAUGCCCUCUGCAGGACUGACAGGGCCAGAAGUAAAAGCAGAUGUAGGUGGCAAUCUUAAAGCACCAAACACCAGUGUCUCAACUCCAGAGUUAAAGACACCAAAUGCUUCCCUUGACAUUGAGAAACCAUCCAUAAAGGGGGGUAAAUACAAUGUCCCAAAGUUCACAAUGCCACAAUUUAAUCUUCCUCAGAUUAAAACCCCCAAAUCAGAUGUGGACGUAUCUGGAGAUGUAGCUCUGCCUUCCUUCAGUGGAAAUGUACAAGAACCAAACCUCAAUCUGUCAGGUCCCAAGUUAGAUCUUCAAAGUCCAGAUUUAGAUUUGAAGGCACCAAAGGUAGAUCUGAAUGGCCCUGAUGCUAAUAUUAACCCACGUUCAGGCAAAUUGAAUUUGCCAAAUUUCAAACUGAAGGGUCCCAAAGUUAAAGGACCAGAUGCAGACCUCACUGCAGACCUUUCAGCACCUGACCUCAAGGUUUCCACACCAAAGAUUGAUGGUGAUCUGAGUGCACCCAACGUCGGCCUUAAAAUGCCAAAAGCUGACCUUAAAAGUCCUGAUGUAGAUGUUCAGACCCCUGAUCUCGACAUUGAUGCCCCUUCAGGCAAAAUGAAUUUGCCACAUUUAAAAUGGAAAAGCCCUAAAGUUAAAGGACCAGAUGCAGACCUCAAUGCAGACCUUUCAGCACCUGAUCUCAAGGUCUCCACACCAAAGAUUGAUGGUGAUCUGAGUGCACCCAAUGUUAACCUUAAAAUGCCAAAAGCUGACCUUAAAGGUCCUGAUGUAGAUGUUCAGACCCCUGAUCUUGACAUUGAUGCCCCAUCAGGUAAAAUCAACUGGCCUCAUUUAAAAUGGAAAGGUCCUAAAGUUAAAGGACCAGAUGCUGAUCUUAAUGCAGACCUUUCAGCACCCGAUCUCAAGGUUUCCACACCAAAGAUUGAUGGUGAUCUGAGUGCACCCAAUGUUGACCUUAAAAUGCCAAAAGCUGACCUUAAAGGCCCUGAUGUAGAUGUUCAGACCCCUGAUCUUGACAUGGAAUCAGGUAAAAUCAACUGGCCUCAUUUGAAGUGGAAGAAACCAAAAUUUCAUGGUUCAAAAAAUGAUCUGGAUUUAGAUGCAAGCAUUGAUACUCCUGAUCUUGAUCUCUCUGCUCCAAAAGUAGAGGGUGAGCUCCGUGCCCCAAAGCUUGACUUGCCAAAGGCAGACAUCAAAGGUCCUGAAAUGGAUAUACAAACCCCAGAUCUGGACGUAGACUCUCCAUCUGGUAAAAUCAACUGGCCUCAUUUGAAAUGGAAAAAGCCUAAACUGCAYGGUCCAAAAGCAGACGUAGACAUGGAUGGAGAUAUUGACACACCUGAUCUGAAUCUCUCAGCUCCAAAUGUCAAAGGGCAACUUAAUGCACCAGAAGCUGAACUAAAUAUCCCAAAAACUAACCUCACAGGUCCUGAUGUAGAUGUUCAUGCUCCAGAUCUUGAUGUUGAUGGUUCCUCAGGAAAAAUCAAUUGGCCUCACCUGAAGUGGAAAAAACCCAAACUUCAUGGCCCUAAAGGUGAUGUUGAUGGACCAGAUGUUAACCUUUCAGCACCCAAGGUUGAUGGUGAGAUUGAUUCACCGGAUCUCGACCUGAAAUUACCCAAAGUUGAUGCCAACAUUAAAACUCCAGGUGUAGACAUUGAUUCUCCGUCUGGGAAGAUUAAAUGGCCCACUUUUAAAAAGCCAAAGAUGUCAGUCUCUAAACCAAAGGUAAAUGGUCCCGAUGUUGACUUAAAUGCUGAUGUUUCAGCCCCUGACUUGAAUCUGUCAGCACCAAAGAUUGAUGGUGAACUAAACACACCGGAGGUCAACCUAAAAGCACCAAAAGCAGAACUUGAUGGUCCCAAGUUAGAUGUUGAAUCUCCAGAAGUGCAUGCUGGGAAACCCAAAUGGUUCAAUUUCAAAAAACCUAAAAUUGGCACAGUGAAAGCACCAAAGGCUGACAUUGAUGCUGAUCUGAAAGGACCAGAUGUAGACCUCAAAGGGCCUAAUUUGGAUUUGAAUGCACCAAAUGUUGACCUUUCUGGACCAAAAAUUGACGGUGAUCUUGAUUUAGAUACUGAUCUAUCAGCCCCUGACUUGAAUCUGUCGGCUCCAAAAAUUGAUGGUAAGAUAAACACACCAGACUUGAAUAUAAAAGCACCAAAAGCAAAACUUAAUAGCCCGAAGUUAGAUGUUGAUGCUCCAGAAGUGCAUGCUGGAAAACCCAAAUGGUUCAAUUUCAAAAAACCUAAAAUUGGCACAGUGAAAGCACCAAAGGCUGACAUUGAUGCCGGUGUAAAAGGACCAGAUGUAGACCUCAAAGGGCCUAAUUUGGAUCUGAAUACACCAGAUGUUAAUCUUUCAGUGCCAAAGGUUGAUGGCAAGCUUGAGACUCCAGACCUCAGCGUUGCAACGCCUGACCUCAAAGGACCACAUGUUGACCUUAAUAGUCCAAAUGUUGAUCUAGACCCAGCUGACUCUAAGUUGAAGUUUCCUAAAUUAAAAUUUCCAAACCUKAAAGGGCCCAAAGUGAAGGAACCAGAACUGGAUGCUAACUUUAAAGCACCAGAGCUAAAUGCCAAUCUUGACUUGCCUAAAGCUGAUGUGGAUGUACCCAAUAUAGAGCUAAAAGCACCAAAAAUUAAUGCUGGAUUUGAAGAACCGGAUCUUGGCCUCAAUUUACAAAAAGCAGAURUGGACAUUCAAACACCAGAACUGGGUACCCCAACUGGAAAAAAUAAGCUACCAAAACUGAAAAUGCCAAAGAUAGAUUUCUCAGGGCAAAAAGUAAAAGGACCAAAGCUUGAUGUAGAUACUGACCUGAAAAAUCCAGAGCUAGAUCUUUCUCUUCCAGAUGUCGAUGCAAAACUGCCCAAAGCAAACCUCUCAGCACCUGAUGGAAAGUUUGAAGCACCAGRUUUACAUCUAUCAGCUCCCAAACUUCAAGGAGCUCUCAGUGGUCCAGAUCGUGAUGUAAACACAAAUCUUAAUACAGACCUCAGUCUUUCAGCUCCUAAAACUAACAUGGCCUUACCAGAUCUUUCUACUCCAAAACUUAAAAGUCCAGACUUGGAAGUUAACUUACCUAAAACUGAUGUAAAGGGGGCUGGUUUGGAUCUACCAAAUGCAGAUCUCAGCUUGUCUUCAUCAAAAUAUAAUGAAAACCUCUCAGCACCAAAGUUAAAUGCCAGUUUUCCAAAAGCUGAACUGGAAGCGCCAGAUGUCACAGGGAAAUCUCCUAACUUAGGUUUAGAUACUGACCUUGGUGACUUUAAAAUGCCUCAUUUCAAGGUUCCAGCACUCGAUCUUUCAACUCCUAAGGCAGAGAUUCCCAGCCUUCACUCCUCGGGUGAAGCCGGAAUAGAGGUUCCCAAAGUCAAAACUGAUGCCAGCGUUUCUGUUCCUAGAGUAGAAUUGAAUGCACCAAAAUUAGAAGGCAGUGCCCAAGGACCCAACAUAGACAUCAAAGCUCCAAAAGUAGACUCUAAUCUUGAGAAGUCUAAACUACCACAUAUCAAGUUACCAAAAUUGAACAUUUUAGGGUCGAAGGAGAAAGCUGAAGAGAUUAAUGCCAGCGCAGAUCUUGAAGCAGAUGAUUCACCAAAUGUUGAGGGAGACUUUCCACUAUUCAAGUUCCAUAGAACGCCCAGACGCUCCAUUGAUGGCCUUGAAGACACUGAUUUAUUUAGCUCAACAAAACAAGGCAUUGAGGAUAAGGAUUUUCUAGUCAGCAAAGGGAUUCGACUCCCAAUACUCAAUACAGCUCAAACAUCUGUGGAAAAGAUUAGCAUCCUGGAUAGAUUGAAAAUGUCAAAGGAAAAAGUAGUUAAAUCCRCAAGUCUAGAUGGAGGAAAUUCCUCCGUGAUCAGAGGAGGAACCUUCAAAAUCGAAAAACCAAAGUCUGAGUUGGGCCUUGUGGCUCCGGAUGCUUCUGUGACAGAUGAAAAUGCCAAAUUGGCCCUGAGUCUCUCCAACAUGCUUGGUCUUAAAGGUGCUUCAGAUGAGUCUGACUCUUGAGAUUGGCAUGAAAURUUGGGUUUUGGUUCUGAAAUAUUGUACAAACUCAGACUAGUUUCACAUCUUCAUUUGUACUCAAAGUCUGAAGAAGCAAACUACAUCAUCCCUUACUGUGUAAUAACUUUGCUUUCUUAAUGGAACUGUUUUUAUACAAAUUGUUUAUAUUCUUGUUAUUUAUGCUUCUUUGUUUCUCCUCCAAAACUUUAUUUUUAAAGUGUGAUGAUUUUAAACUGCAUGUGAUCAAAGUAAGCUGUUUAAAUCUCUGGCACGUUCUUUACUAUCUUAACAUUUUUAAUGAAGGAUAUUUUUGAGUGAAUGUAUUUGUAAAUUUUUGCCUAAUAAAUCCCUCAAAAAGUGU